AUGUCGUUCUCAGGCUUCCAACCCAGCAUACUGCCUCUGCUCUAUGAGCAACACCACAACUACACCGUCGAGCUCGCCAAAACGCAUCAAGCGCUCAGCAAGCUCUACAAGAAGCUUGCCAAAGUGGAACGUACACUAGCAGAGCGUGAGGAAAGGGAGCUGUCACGCAGCGACAAGAAGAAGCGGCAAUACACUCGUGCACUAUCGAAAAGAGCGGUGGCGAAUCUGGAAUCGAAGCAAGCCAGUCUACAUGAUGCUCUGCGACAAUGUAACGAUCUCAUCGCAUCUUUCGAGCAAGGAACUUACUACAACUCUCCGAUGACCCCAUGGACAUCCCAGCUGCCACCUUCGCCGUUUCUGUUCACGCCAUACAGCCCUGUUUCGACUUCGCCGUUCGCCGGCAGCCUCCACCACAGCUCCAAUGCCGGCAGAGCUUCUGAGACACAGCCUCAGUACUGGGAUCUUUCGAUGUUGCGAGAGCGCCGCCAAUCCUCGCCAUACAGCGCAUCUGCUGACUCCGGCUUCUACGAAUUCCCAAUUCACGGAGUUGACAUGAACGAGACCUUCGAUGACACAAACCACGUGUACGCACACGAGGUCAUGUCGCCCAUGUUCAACGGAAUACCAGCGGAGUCGUCCGCAAUGGCAGCUCGGCAGAGCAAGAGAUCCUCUUCGUCAGAGGGAGACACGGUGGCAGACCUCCAGUCUCCACUUUCGCCUGCCAAAGUAGGCGCUGAAAAGUCUCCAAACCAGCACAAGCGAUGUUACUCAGCCAAUGCCAUCCACUUGAACGACAGCCACGCGGCACCACCAUCUGAGAAGAGAAGGACGAGUGUCGGACCAGCUCCCGAAAGGAGAAGUGACGCGGACGAUUUGGCUUGA